AUGAACGUAUCUUCGCCCUUAGAACAGCUACUUCAAAGCUUUGCAGUGGCGACAGUGAGCGAUAGACGAGCAUUCCUGGAAGCAGUUGUGCGACAAUGCAAUGUGCGCGAGCUAAGUGAACUAGAGGCAUUGCUGCUUCCACGCUUGAAAGUGGACUUUUUGCAUCGGCUUCCGAUGGAAGUAGCAUUGCAUGUAUUGACGUUCCUAGACGAUCCACGCUCACUUGCCAGUACGGCGGCCGUGAGUCGUGCUUGGUACCGUCUUUCUACCGAUGAAUAUAUCUGGGGUCUUAUGUGUGUGCGACAUGCGUUUCACACGCCCCAGCGCCUUCGUUGGAUGACAACUUCGCUGUUGACGCCGAGUGCGUGGAGUGAUGCUGAUGGCACUGCGCACAUGCGCAUGUGUGCGAAUGGUCAUCAUAGCAACAACGGCAGCCAUGCAAGUGCGACAAAAAGACACGAUGUGUCAGCUAUGGAUGUGGAUGAGGGCGGCAGUCGCCUGCGAAGACGGCGCUCGUUCUUUGCCGAUGUGGGUGCGAUGCCGCCGCCCGCAUCAGCUGCAAGCGUGUCACUUCGCGAAUACUUUCGCCUCGCGUACAUGGUGCAGCAAGAGUGGCUGCGUGGUGGGCGCGUGCUGCGGUCAUAUGAGACGACGGAACUUGCUGAUGCAGAUCCUGAUCCGAACCGGCGGCUUGCGCUUACUUGUUGUGCUAUGGACGAGGAGUGGAUUAUCGCAGGCAUGACGAAUAGCACGAUUUUCGUGUUUUCAUCGCGCACAGGCAAGUUGGAGCGCGUGCUCCGUGGGCACGAAAGUGGCGUCUGGUGUUUGAUGCUGGCCACAGGCACACAUGACGCUGCAGGUGCAGACGCAAUGCCGUUGCCGCCAGCAUCGGCUGCUGAUGAUGGACGAGGUGAGCUCGUUUGCGUGCAUGCUGAUCGUCGGCCUAGUGUGCAUCUGUCUCUUGAGCAGCAUGGCGGACUUGCCAUCCACGAUGCAGCCUAUGUGGCACAGCAGAGUGCCGACACAGAUGUUGCUUGUGCACGCACGAGAGGCUGGGGCCAGCGAGGCACGCGCCUCGUAAGUGCCGGCUCCGAUCGAAGUCUGCGUGUAUGGAAUGUCCACACUGGCGAGUGUGAGAAUGUGCUCCGUGGACACACAUCGACGAUCCGAUGCGUGCAUGUCGUGGCAGGACAGCCUGUGGCCGUGACGGGAUCGCGUGACGGAACAUUGCGUGUGUGGGAUCUGGAGCUGGGUCAGAUCCGGCAUGUGCUAGCGGGGCACCAGCACUCGGUGCGAUGCUUGGCGGUGCAGGGCAACGUGGUGGCUAGUGGCAGCUACGACUUUACGUGCCGGCUUUGGGACUGGACCACCGGCCGCUGCCUGCAUGUACUGAAAGGCCACCAAUUGCAAAUCUAUGCGAUAGCCUUUGACGGCGUGUAUGUGGCGACGGGCAGCUCCGACUCGACCGUGCGUGUGUGGGAUGCAGCGACCGGUGCAGCUCUUGCCGUGUUCCAUGGCUACACACACGUCGUCGCGCAGAUCCAGUUGGAUGGAAACAUGCUUGCGACGGGCAGUAGCGAUGGGCGCGUGAUUGUGUAUUCGCUGGCGACAAUGGAGUGCAUGUAUCGGAUUGUGGCGCAUGAGAGUGGCGUCACCACACUACAAAUGAAUGAGCGCUAUCUUGUGACGGGUGGCUCAGAUGGCCUUGUGAAGCUGUGGGACGCACAGAGUGGCCGAUACAUACGCACGCUGUGUGAGCCGUGUGGGGCAAUAUGGUGUGUGAGGUUUAUGGACGAUAUAUGCGUGGUGCUAGGCAAGCGGCACGGACGGUGCGCCGUGGAUGUAGUGUCAUUCCGACCACCUGCCCUGUAUAAGAGUACACAGAUGGGCGAGCAGCAGCUGGGCGGCUAG